AUUAUGUAUUCCGUGAGCUGUGUCAUUCUCAUUGUCCGAGCCGAAAAGGCAAAGCGGAAGUGGGUUGGCAUGAAGAUGAAUCGGCGCAAGGUGCUAGUCGUGCCCAAAGAAUAACUGUGACUACCAGGCACAGGCCUGGCGUCAGCUUCUUCAAGUGGAGUGCCACAGUAACGCCAGACCGCCCGUAGUUACCUUGACGAUUUCAAAACAAUUCCAAACUGAAUUCAAAACGCCAGGGGGGGCGCCAGGGGCGUGCUCAAGCGCGCGUAAUAUAGCCUUGAUCAUUAGAAUGGCCGCGCAGGAGUAGUUGCAGUUGCCAACAAGACUGCAGACCGGGCUGAGGCUGAUCUCUCUCUGCUCUCGCGCUCGCGCCUCACGUUGAGUGUCAUUGUCAGUGCCUAAAAGUGGAAGUAGGUGAGCAUGAUGAAUCGACGCAAGUUACUAGUCGUGUGGAUGUGCGCACUGUUUUUAAGUAAUCAAAGCCAAGAAAGCCGUGUAUUGAACUCACCAAGGCUCGCUGUGAGAUAAUUUCCUCUUAUUUGAGAAGGCACAGAACGAUAUCGGGUAGCAGCUGGAUUAGCAGUCAUUUUAGGGGUAGCUCAUGACUAGGGCAAGCUUAUACAACAGAAAUGAUCAGCACCAUCGCCGAAAACAAAUUUGAGCAGCAGGGUCUCAGGAGCCUGUUAGUUUUGUUACCAAGGCCACUUCUAGAAUCGCAUCGCAAAUAUCGCAAUCACAUCAACUACAUCGAUUACAGGAUUGCAGACAAUCCAAGAAGGAGAAGAAGAAGAAGAAGAAGGAGAAGAAGACGGGCCGGGAGGUACUAGAGUCAAUAAUUUGAUGAGGUAGGUGGAGUAGGGGAAUUAGAGUUGUGUCUUUUCAAGCCCUCUGCAGGUUCCAAGCCCUCUGCAGGUUCUUGCAGAAGAUCUUCAGAUACAGCAGAGUCAAAUUUGCAAGUUCUUAUCCACAGAAGAAAUGUUAGAAGUAAACCACCGGACUGCAGCCGCUUUCGAUAUUCCAUGAUGUUGAAAGCAUCGCCACACUAUAAUGAUUUGUGAAGAGUAUAGUUAAAUCGCGUCGCCGCGGUCCUCUCCCACCAACCACGAAGCUGCAUCGUCUUCUCCAGUGUUGAAGGGAGGACUGCUUGGCCUUCCAGCGGGCAUGCCUUCGCGACACUGUGCGCCGCUCUUCAGAGUUGGCAGAGUCUUUGUAGGAAAAAAAACCGCUGCAGUGGCGUAGAUGAGACCUGACGUAACGGCGCUUAGGCAUAGGCUUGUGAAAAUAAAAGACGCAGCGAGCAAUUGCGUGCUGGCUGCUGCUGAGAUUUAUAUAAGCAGUGCGAUCAUUCGGAAUCGGAAAAUUAUAUACUAUACAGGCGGCGAUCCGGCUCCCCUUCAAGGACAAGACGGCCCAGGUGGGUGGUUGCGGUGGCCGCAGUGGCUGCGGCUGCCGCGGUGGCGACAACCACAAGAACCACAAUCAGAAUCACAACCACCACCACAACCACCACAACCACUACAACCAGUACAACCAGUACAACCACUACAACAACAAGAACAACAACAACAACAACAAGGCCAACUACAACCACCACAACAACAACCACUACAACAACAACAACCAGCACAACCACAACCACGACCACCAGUUGGAGGAGCUGUUGGAGCAGUAGCUCAAGGUAAGAGCGCCACAUGAAAUCAAUGACGCCUACUUUUGUUCGUCGUCGUCCACGCUCAGCAUAACUAUUGCUGAUUAUCCCUUUUAAUUUUUUUUUGAAUAUUCCGUGAUGGUCAUUCUCAUUGUCAUUGCCUAAAAGCGGAAGUAGGUGAGCAUGAAGAUGAAUCGGCGCAAGGUGCUAGUCGUGCCCAACGAAUAACUAUGACUACCAGGCACAGGCCUGGCGUCAGCAUCAGCUUCUUCAAGUGGAAUGCCAGAAGCGCCGAGCGCAAACCACAGACACUGCGACGAGCGCAAAAAAAUCAAUGAUGUGUUUUUUUGUUCGUCCACAUCCAGGGGAUUGCUGAUCAUUCUAUAAGCUAGUCCUUUGCGGCGAUAGUCCAUGCCAACCGCGAAGCAACAUGGUCAACCUGCUUAGCGCGUCGAACCACAGACGAAGCACAUGCCAGGUGGUGGAUCAUGUCGCAGCUUCGCGUGUCAGAAGGACUCUAGAGGCAGGCGAAGCUGCAGUAGCAGGAGCAGUAUAGAAAAGAAGCAAGAACAGGAGCAGCAAAAAAUAAAAGACGCAGAUGUAUAUGAUUACAACUUAAACCAUAAAACACUACACAACUAACAGUUGA